AUGGCGAGCCACAUUCCCCGACCCGGCCCUGCCAAACUCUCCCCCAAUGCGGGCCUGGACGAGUGGCUGGAGGAAGCCAAGCAGUGUCAUUACUUGCCCGAGCGCGCCAUGAAAGAGCUUUGCGAGCUUGUAAAGGAGGUGCUCAUGGAGGAAUCCAAUAUUCAGCCUGUGUGCACCCCAGUCACAAUCUGCGGUGAUAUCCACGGUCAAUUUUACGAUCUCCUGGAGCUCUUCCGUGUUGCGGGCGGAAUGCCUGGCGAGUCUAAUGUGGAGGCGCCCAAGACUGCCACAACAGUCAUUAACCCCGAGGACAUCGAGCCGCCUACCGAGAUUACGAACCCGAAGCUCAAGAAGAAGGUCCGCAAUGCUGGCAGCCCCCCUGCUGAUGAAGACGACGAGGACGAUGCUGCGGCCGCUGAUACCAGCGCGACUUCCCGAGCUGACUCCGCCGUUGAGGUCUCCAACAGAUCGCAGUCUGCCGACACCCGCUUCAUCUUCUUGGGCGACUUUGUCGACCGUGGCUACUUCAGUCUCGAGACGUUUACCCUUCUCAUGUGCUUGAAGGCCAAGUAUCCCGACAGAAUCGUCCUUGUUCGCGGCAACCAUGAGUCCCGUCAAAUCACUCAGGUAUACGGAUUCUACGAGGAGUGCCAGCAAAAGUACGGCAACGCUUCCGUGUGGAAGGCGUGCUGCCAUGUCUUCGACUUCCUCGUCCUCGCUGCUAUUGUUGAUGGUGAGCUUCUCUGCGUUCAUGGUGGUCUUAGCCCAGAGAUCCGCACUAUCGACCAGAUCCGCGUUGUUGCUCGUGCGCAGGAAAUCCCCCACGAAGGCGCUUUCUGCGAUCUUGUUUGGUCCGACCCCGAAGACGUCGAGACUUGGGCUAUCAGCCCUCGCGGCGCCGGCUGGCUCUUUGGCGACAAGGUUGCAACCGAGUUCAACCACGUAAACGGUCUUAAGCUCAUCGCCAGAGCUCAUCAGCUUGUCAAUGAGGGAUACAAGUAUCACUUCCCGCAGAACUCUGUCGUCACCGUGUGGUCGGCUCCGAACUACUGCUACCGCUGCGGUAAUGUUGCGUCCAUCAUGACCGUCGACAAAGACAUGAAUCCCAAGUUCAGCAUUUUCUCCGCAGUCCCCGACGAACAGCGCCAUGUCCCUGCUAACCGCCGUGGACCGGGCGACUACUUCCUCUGA